CAGUGUCCGAGACUCCGGGCCGUGCGGGGCAGCGCUCGGUGGCGGUGGCGGUGGCAGUGGCACUGUUAACUCUGCUCUCCGCAGUGUCGGAUGCUCCUGGUCGCACGGGGCAGCGCUCGGUGGCGGUGGCGGUGGCAGUGGCGGUGGCAGUGCCCGUGUCCGCGCUGCUGCUGCUGGCUGUCCUGGCCACCUGCACUGCCCGGGGCUGGCACCGUGCCCGGGCCAAGCCCCCCAACGUGGAGGAGCCCCUGUCCGAGGCCACCCUGGCGAGCUCCGGGAAGACGCUCAAGGAUCUCAUUUAUGACAUGACCACCUCCGGCUCCGGCUCCGGUCUGCCUCUGCUGGUGCAGAGAACCAUCGCCAGGACCAUUGUCCUGCAGGAAAUCGUGGGGAAAGGGCGCUUUGGUGAAGUGUGGCGCGGGAAAUGGUGCGGGGAGGACGUGGCUGUGAAAAUCUUCUCCUCCCGAGACGAGCGCUCCUGGUUCCGGGAGGCAGAGAUUUACCAGACGGUGAUGCUGAGACACGAGAACAUCCUGGGCUUCAUUGCUGCUGACAACAAGGAUAACGGGACGUGGACUCAGCUGUGGCUGGUCUCCGAGUACCACGAGCAGGGCUCUCUGUUUGAUUACCUCAACAGGGGCACGGUGACGGUGCAGGGCAUGCUCAGGCUGGCUCUGUCCGUGGCCAGUGGCCUGGCUCACCUCCACAUGGAGAUCGUUGGCACGCAAGGGAAGCCGGCGAUCGCACACCGGGACCUGAAAUCCAAGAACAUCCUGGUGAAGAGGAACGAGAGCUGCGCCAUCGCCGACCUGGGGCUGGCGGUGAAACACGACUCGGUGCUCAACAGCAUCGACAUUCCCCAGAACCCGCGGGUGGGCACCAGGAGGUGCGCUCUGCGGGUCCUGGGCAGGGUGAUGCGCGAAUGCUGGUGUCCCAGGAUGGUGGCUGCUCUGCGGGUUCUGGGCAGGGUGAUGCGGGAAUGCUGGUGUCCCAGCCUGGUGGUUGCUCUGCGGGUUCUGGGCAGGGUGAUGCGGGAAUGCUGGCGUGCCAGCGGUGCCGCCCGUCUCACCGCGCUGCGCGUCAAGAAAACCAUCUCCCAGCUCUGCGUGCCCGAGGACUCCAAAGCCUGAGAGA